AGAAACGAUUUCCGCUCGGAAACCUGCCUACGGGGUAUGGCUGUCAUUAUGCCGCAGACGGGUACCUCUACUUAAUUAGAGGCACAAAGGGGGGCGUUCAGCAUACUUGUUCAUAGAGACCAGCUUCUCACAAUCGUAUCCUGGCACACGUUUACUUCACGCAAACACUAAAUCCGACUACACCAUGUCUUCAUUCCAAGGCAAAGUUGUUGCUAUCACCGGCGCCGGCUCCGGCAUGGGCCUGUCGACGGCCCAGCUCCUAGCCUCCCGCGGUGCUAAGCUGUCAUUGGCGGAUAUCAACGAGGACUCUCUCAAGGAGGCAAUCUCGUCUCUUGAAGAUAGUGCAAGCCAUAUGUACGAAGUUGUUGACGUAAGGAAAGGUGAUGUCGUCAAUGCUUGGAUCCAAAAUACCGUAAAGAAGUUUGGCAAGCUAGACGGUGCUGUCAACAUGGCUGGCGUCAUUACCCACGCCACGCCUGUUGCAGAGCUUACAGACAAGGAUUGGGAUUUCGUCUUUGAAGUCAAUGCCAAAGGUGUCUUCAAUUGUCUAAGGUCACAACUAGGAGUGAUGUCUGACGGAGGCAGCAUCGUAUCUGCGGCGAGUGUCUUCGGUCAGUUUGGAGCUCCUGGCAAUGCUGCAUACUGUGCUAGCAAGGCAGCGGUAAUUGGCGUGUCAAGAACAGCAGCCAAGGAAAACCAAAACAUUCGCGUGAAUUGCGUGUCACCUGGCUCUGUCAACACGCCCUUGUCUCGUGGAGAAAAUCCCGAAGAUGUGAAGCGCGGUCUACAAGUAACUGCGCAGAAGAGAAGAGCAGAGCCUAUCGAGAUAGCUCGCGUUAUUGCGUUUCUUCUUAGUGACGAGGCCUCUUUUGUCACAGGGGCUGUUUACAACGUUGAUGGCGGUUGGGUAUGCUAA